AUGACUAACUCUAGAAACCACAGCGCUGGAGUCAUAGGACUAUCCACAGCCCUUCGAGUUCAAGAACAGACUCUUUCGCAGAACAACCCACCAUCCAUCGUCAUCAUCGCACGAGACUUCCCCAACGAGACGUCCAUAAACUAUGCUACGCCUUGGGCCGGCGCGCAUUAUAGACCAUGCCCAGGGAACACUCCUCAGCUACUUCAAGAGGCAGUAUGGGCGAAGAAGACAUACGACACGCUUGACAGUUGGCCUGAGAAAGACAAACUCGCCGCUGGUGUGGAAUUCAUGCCAGGAGAAGAGUUUUUCGAAAACCCAGCGCCUGAGUAUGUCGAUGUUACCAAGGAUGCAUCAAAGUCGGUGUACGCUCACCUCGAAUCGAGCUUUGAACUUUUCAGCAGCAGUGAAUUGAGUGCUAUGGGUGAUUCUCUGCAACUGGGUUUUCGUUACCGGACAUACUCUCUCAAUAGUCCUCUAUAUAUAUCGUUUUUACAGCGCAGAUUUCAGAAUAGGGGAGGCCGUGUAAGGCAGUAUGCACUUGCAUCACUGGAAGAGGUCUUCUCUAUUGAAGCUUCUGUCUCUGUUGUGAUCAACUGUUCAGGCAUGGGCUUCGGUGACCCGAGAGUAUUUCCCAUCCGUGGCCAGACAUGUCUUGUCCGAAACCCAAUUCCCAAGACCAUAACACGCCAGAACUCGGAUGGGUCUUGGUCAUUCGCUAUUCCGCGACCUUUAGAAGGCGGAACUAUCAUUGGAGGCACCAAAGAGCCUCAUAACUGGAACCCUUACCCUUCAGCUGACACGCGACAAACUCUCUUAUCCAAUGCAGCAGAGUGGUUCCCUUUUGACAGCGAAGCCCCUGUAUCAGCUGACGUCAAGGAGUCCGAUCGCUUCGAUGUUGUCAGGGACAUUGUUGGUCGUCGGCCAGCGCGUGAAGGUGGCCUUCGCCUAGAAAUGGAGCGUCUCAAGCCAGGUGUUGUUGUUCAUGCGUAUGGUGUUGGUGGUAGAGGUCUUGAGCUAUCAUGGGGGAUCGCAGAUGAGGUUGUUAGUUUGCUCCAAAAGCAGGGCUAUUUUUCUUCACGAGCGCGUUUGUAG